AUGAAACCAUGCAUCUAUCCUCACCCAUCGAUCCCUCUGAACGAGAGGAAGUUGACGGCGAAAUCGAGAACUCUUCCUGGCCAAAAUGCGCCUUGGCAUGCAGCUGGGGACCGCCUCAAUCGCGUUGUGACGGCGAUUGCACCUAUUUAUGGACCUCUUGGUGCACCACUUGACCCGUUUGAGUCUUUAGCUUUGAAAAUGCCGUUCAAGUCUGCGGAUCUGCUCCAUUACUUUGUCAAGUGCGGCGAGUACUUGUCUCCGUCUUCUUCCAAGCACAUUGUCAGCACUGUCGGCCAUGACAGUAAUGCAUUACGCAAUACCUUGCUUGUUGCUAGCCUACACUACUCAUGGAGUAGUGGUAGCAUGCAACUCUUCACACAGACAUAUCUUUUACACAAGGUCGAGAGCUUGAAUGAAAUUAACAGCUGGAUGCGAGAUAUCUAUAAAAGGGAAACGUCAAACAAAAUUAUCCAGAGUAUUACAACACACUGCAUCGUAGAGGCAGCUUUGGGUAAUUUUGCUCUAGCCCAGGUACACUUGAAAGGAUUGAUGAGCUAUAUAGGCUCAAUGGCACUUGAGGUUUGUCGACCGACUCGAAUUGAAGAAGAACUGAUUAAUCGAUAUGUAUUGGUGAUCAUGAUCUUUGUCAAUGGCCUUUCCACUCGCGUCACCGAUGUUACGCCAAUAAACCCACAGGAUAGUACAGCAAUAUACUCUGUGAUUCGGAAAGGCCACAGGGAAGAGCACUCAGGACUCGAGAAUCGAUUGAAGGCGCUGAUGAUGAUGCCCUACUUUUUCUCAGUUCCCCAACCUGGAAUAUCCUUGGGGCUCAUUGAUGCAAGGGAAUUUGUCGAUACGUUAUCAGAUUUUACCAAGAAAUCUGAAGCGAGACUCUUUCCCCUGGAAGAUGGGAAACUAAACGAAUUUUGGAUCGAAGGAACUGCGACCGCUCUGUUUCUGCUCUUAUUUGAAACCCACAUGUCAUCUAUCAUCGGGGGAAAGGGCCAGAGUUCGUUUGAUCCAUAUGAGAGGCCACCUCUCAAGUCUGCCUGGUCCCCAUUAGUGGCUGGAGCCUCGCUCUAUAUGGGUUGCAUCCUCGCUCUCUGGGACCUCGAUGUUGCCAGGGAUCACAAUUUGCAACGAUACUUGGUCCGCCUCAUUAGAGAGGAUGUCUGCAAGACGACAACGUGGUUGUGUGAGUGGAACGAGCAGAACCAAAAGUUGUGGUUCUGGAAAGUCUUUGUUGCGGCAAUGAGCUUUGCCGUCCGUCCAACUGCAGCCGAUGAUGAUGACUUGAUUUUACUACGCGAGGAAAUGAACGGGUAUAUCAAGUAUUGGAGCAAUGUGACUGGGGUUACAACUUGGACAGAGGCUCGCGCUGCGUUGGAGAACAUUUCAUGGCCUAAGUACCUCUACGCAGAAGAUGAGGCGCGUAGCGUAUGGAUCGAGGCCAUUAAGCAAGACGGAAGUUGA